UUGGUCAACGCGACAGCAUCAGGUAGCCGUGAGGUGAGAAGGAGCGUUAAGGUGGCCGAGACUACAUCUCCCGGCAUGCAGUGUGUCCACUGGAGUAAACGUUCUAUGGCCGGGGUGGCGAUGCAUGCUGGGGGAUGUAGUCUUUCAUAGCAUCAGGGAUCCCCCUUCCAGUCAUAAACCGUAUGUUUAUGGCCAUAUCUCUCUCAGCCCACCCAAAGGGGGCCCCAAUUACUCAGAUUAGUCCUACCUACUGUCACGACAGUCCCUUAUGUCAUGACAGUCACUGCCAGGAGACCCAGCCCGGUGCCUUCUCCCAGGCCAUGACUGUCACCGCUGCAAGAACAUAAUCUCUAUGUCAUGACAGUAGGUGCUGCGAAAAAGGGCAGUGACAUGGUCUCUGUGAAGUCAUGAGAGUCCCCCCUGCAAGGAUCUCAUUGUCCAUCAUGUCACGACAGUCACUGCCACAAGACUCAGCGUCAUGACAUUGACUCCCAUGUCACGACGGUUGCGGCCAGAAGCCUUGGCAAAGUGGCAUCAGCCCCGUGUCACAGUAGGAGCCGCCUAGGAGAAGCGGUCAUGAAACAUCACUGUGCUCAUCCCCCUAAGGCAGGGAAGUCUGUCAGAGAAGGAGCGGCACAAAAGAGGAGCAAGUCACAGCAGCACCCAGAACCUUCCAGCAAAAAAGCAGAUGGAGGACAAAAACGGGGACAAGAGAAAGAGGUCACACAGCCAGCCAAGAAGAGAGAGAAGCGACAGAGGGAGCAGUCCCCAGAAGAAACAGGUUCUCGGGGCACAAAAAAGGUGAAGUUGGCCCCUGGCAAAACAGCAGCAUGGCAGCCACUCCCAGCCAGUAGCAUCGACCACCUGGGAGGCAUGAUGGAUUCAGUAAUAUUAUCCAUUCUAAGUAAAUCAAUACAAGAAAAAGAUGACAUUCAAAAGCACCUCAACCUCCUGAAGGAAAGGCUUCUGAGACGUUACAGGACCCUGAAGGUGCCUGUUGGGAAGCUAAGCAACCUGAAAAAUGUGCCGAGUCUUAAGGUGGCAGAGAAAGAGAAUCUCUCAUUCAAUGAAGAGGCGGCGGCACUACUGCAGGAAGAAAUAACAACAGCUGUGCAGACUGCUGAGAACACAGACGAGAAUAUUCAGAGCCUGCAGGACAAAAUCCAGAGUCUCAGGAACCGGUUGGAGGAAGCUGAGGACAAGGCUAAGAAGGUGUUCCAGAAAAAUGGUACAGGAGUCCUCAGCCUUCCAGAACUCCCAAAGCACAGUCUGACAGCACCCACUCUGCAGGAGGAGAUUCUGAAAAUCCAAGACCAGAAAGGUAUUCUGAAGGACCUAAGCACCAUCCAGCACUCAGCUGAGAUGAAGAACAUGUUGACCCUCCUUGAACAGGCCUAUGAGAAGGUGGACUCCCUUUGAGGAAUGCAUACACAAAGUUAUGCUGAGGCAGGCUUUAUUUCAUGGUCCAGCAGGUGUUGAUCCUGUGACAAUUUUUUUGCUUCUAAAGACUUGCCUUCUGCAAUCACCAAGUGUCUAUUAGUCAAUCUUUUAUCAGCUAGGUGUUGGCACAAUAUAUUGAUUGUUGCCUAGUGGGACAUUAGUGACAUGCUGCUUUUUCACUUGCGUAAAGAGCAGACAUGUAGAACCUAGCUCAUCCACAGAAGGACCACUUUUAAAUAGUGUAUAUAUUGUCUAUUAAUAAACUGGGUUAUGGCUGAUA